CUCACGCCAGAUCCACCGUCUCCGCGCCCAUUCAUUAUUCCUCCAAGAACCGACAAUCUCCCGCGCUUUGAAUACCUCUUGCAUUUAAUUGCGUCUCCACUUGCUUCAGGCUUGCUCGUUGCGCUCACCCAUCGCGCCUGGUACCCCGUUUGUUUAGCUGCCGGCCAACUCACCGCUUGUCACUUGCAUAGUCGAGUAUAUUUGCUGCUAUAUACAAGAGGUGAAAGGACCUUACCUUCACUUCACCAUGCAGAGGACUCCUUCGCCUCCGAGGAGGCUUCACACCCCUCCAGCUCCUCUUCACGGCCCAGCCCACGACAGCUACGAACCAUAUUCACCUCGGCGAUCCGCUAGACUCUCCGCGCAACGAUCACUACAAUCAUCUUUCCCCACACGCUCCCGCUCUUCAAGGAGCGCUCGCGAGACGACGCCAACAGGCCCAAAAUCCAGCAAAGGCGCCCGUGUCUCACUUCAAGGGCUCUCCCCACCAUCGUCACCUACCUCUCCCGUGAAACACAGGUCACCUCGCUCCUCGCGUCGCGCGCACUUUGUCAACGAAUCCGAAGACUCAGACCAUCACGCUGCUGCGCCCACGCCUGCACCUCGCCUCCUCUCUGUUCCAGACUCGCGCUCAAUGCUUCCCACGCCCGCAAAGACGCCCCGGAAGCGCGUCAUCCAGACGGAAGAGUCGCUGAGCUCCACUGCUCGUGUACUGUUUGCUGCAAGCAACCAAGCAAGUAGCGAUGAAGCUCAUCCCACCCCCAGCAGAAGGCGGAAGAAAUACGACAAUGUCUUUUCCCUUGAGAGCUUCGAGCGAGCACAACAGCGCGAAGAGAUACCGUUCUACGUCGAUUCGAGAGACCGCGUGCCAACCGGAGGGGAUGAUGAGGACAAUCCCUUUCUCUCCAAAAAUGGCAACAGCAAGGGAAAGGGGAAGGCAAAGAGUACGCCCAACAGGAAGGUGGACCCAGAGGCAGACCAAAUGGAAGCAGCUGCAGACCGCGAGGAGGGCAUUGUUUACAUGUUCCGCGGCAAAAAGGUGUUCCGCAAGUUCCAAGAUAGCCCAUCCGAUGAGGCCGCUGGGCCCCCCACCUUCUCUGAUGAAGAGGUCCGUCGUCAAGCUGGUUCGGUAGCCCAUCGGCCAAUCACGCGCUCCUCUGUGAAGCCCCGCCUUUUGUUCAAAGAGGAAAUCAAGCAACGGGAGUCUGCAAGGCAUCAGGAAGACGAUGAGGAAGCCAUCACCGACAUUGAAGUUCCCAUGCCCACCCCAUCUGGCCGCAAGUCACGUCGGAUCAGCCAUGAGGAGCACCAAGACACAACACCGGCAUCUACUACUACCACGGUCACACGUAGCACACGACAAAUCUCAUUCGACUCUUGGAGCCGCGUCAAGUCGGUCACCCGGGAGAGCAGGUCGUCCCGGGAGCCUAAGAAGCGCGCUGCCGAGCCGUUAGUUGGUGCGUCUGAGAAACGACAAAAGAGCGAGUCCACUCCGGCCAUGUCUGCGGAAUAG